AUGGCACAAGGCCAUAUCAUCCCGUUCUUAUCUUUAUCUCUUCAACUGGAACAAAAGGGCUAUCAGAUCACCUUCAUAAACACCCCACUCAACAUCGCCAAUCUCCGCCGUGUUCUUCCGCCCACCUCUGCCGUUCGCCUCCUUGAAGUCCCCUUCAACUCCUCCGACCAUGGCCUCCCUCCCAACUCUGAGAACACCGAUUCUCUCCCUCCAUACCAGAUCUACGAUCUCCUUGUCGCCUCCGCUUCUCUUAAACCAGCCUUCAGAAACAUCCUCUCUGGAUUGGUUGACGCUGGAACUCCGCCGCUUUGUGUGGUGGCCGAUUUUUUCUUUGGGUGGUCGGCGGCGGUAACCCAUGAGUUCGGGAUUUUCCAUGUCAUCUUCAGUGGAUCCGGUGGGUUUGGAUUAGCGUGUUACUUGUCGUCUUGGAUCAAUUUGGCACACAAACAUUCCGAUUCCAGCGAGUUCACUUUGCCGGAUUUUCCAGAAGCUGGUAAACUGCAAGUGACCCAGUUAACUCCAAGCCUGGUAGCCGCCACCGGCGAUGACCCUUGGUCGAAAUUCCAGAAACAGAACCUCCCAGCAUGGGGGAAUUCCGAUGGGUUCUUGUUUAACACAGUAGAAGACCUCGACAAAGUCGGUUUAUCGUAUUUCAGAAGAAAAUUCAGUCGACCGGUUUGGGCAAUUGGCCCAAUAGACUUAUCCGUAAGUGGUGGAGCUCGGACCGGAAAAAAUGGCAGAAUCGAAACAAAUUCAUGUCUACAAUUUCUAAACUCAAUGCCACCAGCCUCCGUUUUAUACAUCUCUUUCGGAUCACAAAACACCAUCACUGCAUCCCAGAUGAUGCACCUGGCCAAAGCUUUAGAUAAAAGCAAGAAAAACUUCAUAUGGGUAGUCCGGCCGCCGCUGGGGUUCGACAUAAACACCGAGUUCAGAGCAGAGGAGUGGCUGCCGGAAAACUUCAAGAAACAGACAGAGGAGGAACACAGAGGACUUAUAGUAGAGAAAUGGGCACCCCAGGUUGAGAUAUUGUCUCAUCAAUCUGUAGGGGCGUUUAUGAGUCACUGUGGGUGGAAUUCAGUGCUGGAAUCGUUGAGCCGUGGAGUGCCGUUGCUGGGGUGGCCGAUGGCGGCGGAGCAGUUCUAUAAUGCGAAGAUGAUGGUGGAGAUUGCAGAGGUAUGUGUGGAGGUGGCAAGAGGGACUAGUUUUGAGGUAAGGAGUGAGGAUUUGAGGGAGACGAUAGAGGAGGUGAUGAGUGAGGAUGGAAAAGGGAGGGAGAUGAGGAAGAAAGCAUCUGAAAUAAAGAAGAUGAUUGAAGAAGCAACAAGAAACGAACAAGGUUUCAGAGGUUCUUCUGUCGAAGCCAUGGAAGACUUCCUUCAAGCUGCAUUGAUGAAGAACACCACCAUCACCACCACUCAUGAUUUACAACAAGAUUGA